AUUUAAGAAAGCUUGUCACUUAAGAAAGUUGUGUGGAGAUUACACGAUGUACUCCAUAACUGUGUGUAAUACAGGUUUGUUUAUACACACCGAGCAUACAUCCAUACCGUACUGUACAUUCAAUCGGCUUAAGAGAAAAACAAACGACUUAACCGAGAACUCAGUCGUCAACAACCCAGGUUGAACUCCAGUUAUCAAAUCGAAACCAGCUCUUCACAAUGUCCAAAAUCCUUCGCUACUACUAUGACCUAAUGUCCCAGCCGAGCCGGGCCCUCUACAUCUUCCUGGAGAAGACCAAAAUUCCGUACGAGCGCUGUCUGGUGAACCUGGGCAAAGGCGAACACCUGACCGACGAGUUCAAAGCGGUCAACCGCUUCCAGAAGGUCCCGUGCAUCGUCGACAAGGGCGGCGACCUCAAGCUGGCGGAAAGUGUGGCCAUUUUGCGCUACCUGGCGCGGGAAUAUCCGACGGUGGCGGACCACUGGUACCCCAAGGAUUCACGGCUGAGGGCACGCGUUGACGAGUACAUGUCCUGGCAGCAGCACAACACGCGGGCCACCUGUGCGAUCUACUUCCAGUACGUGUGGCUGCGGCCACACAUGAUGGGAACCAAGGUCAAUCCGGAGCGGGAGGAGCAGCUGCGGGGACAGAUGGAGACUUGUUUGGACUUUAUCGAGCAGGAUUAUCUGGGGAAGGGGGAGAAGUUCCUGGUUGGGGAUCAGAUCUCCGUGGCGGAUCUGUUGGCGGCAUGUGAAAUUGAGCAACCCAAAAUGGCCGGAUUCGACCCGUGCGCUGGACGACCCAAUCUGACGGCCUGGAUGGCACGAGUUCGAGAGGAAACCAAUCCGUACUACGAUCAGGCCCACAAACUGGUCUACAAGAUUGCACCGGCCAGCGUUCCAAAGCCGAAACUUUGAGUGUUGUUUUUAUUAAACGAAAUUUAACUUUUA